GAAUCAUCAUCCAUUCUUCUCUUCGCUUCUCCCACGCGGAUUACGCAUCUCCCACCCCCCGCCAUGGCCGAUCUCCACCCGCCGCCGGAGCCCGACACCAACGGCGGCGGCGCCGCCGCAGCAGCCGUUGCCGCCGCCGUCGCGCCGCCGGGGGACCCCGUGGCCGAGGCCCCCGGAGCGCAGGCCGCCGCUGGGCCGCCCUACUCCAAGCGCCGACGCCGCCCCAGCGUCCGCCUCGGCGACAUCGGGGUCCACUCGGCCGCCGCCGCCGACGCCCCGCUCCCGCAGCGGCGCCACCACAAGCCUUCCUCCUCCUCACACCCCCGCCCGCCCCGCCGCGCCCACCCGGAGGACGCGCUUGACCCCCUCCACCACUCCUCUGCAGCCGCCGCCGCCGCCCACCGUCGCAGCCAGAAGCCCGGUCAGCGCCGGCCUCGCACCGCCUGGAUCCCGGCUGCCCCUGGCACCGAAGGGUACGAGGACGAAGCGGAGCAUUACUAUGAUGAUGCGGACCAGUCCGACUCGGCUGCCGCGGCCGCCGCCAGGGCUAGGGUUUCCGGGAGCCGCGACGCCAGCGGCGAUGAGUCCGACGGCGUGGCGGAUUGGGGCCUGCCGAACGGCCGGCUACCCGGGUCCAUGGGGUACGGUGGCGUGAAGGCCUGGCUGGAGGGUCUCGGGCUCUCUCGGUACGCGCCGGUGUUCGAGAUCCACGAGGUAGAUGACGAGGUGCUCCCGCUUCUAACGCUGGAGGAUCUCAAGGACAUGGGCAUCGGCGCUGUUGGGUCGAGGAGGAAGUUGUAUGCCGCCAUCCAGAAGCUCCACAGGAGCGACGGCGUUUCCUGAGUUGGUUAUCCUUAAUACCUCGUGAUUACGACAUGCUGGACGGUGGCCUGACAUCAAGGUUGGAAUGAUAGAGUGAGAGGCAUUGAUUCAUUUCAAAGGAUAGUGAGUGAGACCUUUUAUCCAAAAACCAUGUUUUUUGAAAUUUCACCCCCAAGAAAUGCCAUGGUUCUCUAAUA